AUGCAAACGCCUCCUCCUGUUUCUGCCCUGGCAGCAGGAGACCGUAUUAGUCACUGCUCGCUCUCGCGUGCCAGCUAUCAGCUUUACUUAUCUCUGUUUCUUAUAUUCUCCUUUAGCCUUUGCAAGUACUCUCAUGACAUUUUAUCAGAAAGUAACCGGAAAGUUUUGAAGAAUCAUGAACUCUCUGGCCUCAAUGAAGACGAACUGUGUGUUUUACUUCUCCAAAACGACCCUUUUCUUUUACCUGAUGUUUGCGGUGCCUAUAACAAAGGGGAAGGGAACUGCACCCAGGAUAACUGCCCCCGGCUUCACAUUUGCCGCUACUUUCUCAAAGGAGAAUGCCGGUUCCCCCGUUGCAAGAGGUCUCACAAUCUUCUGGACCCCAAUUCUGUGAGGCUGCUGCUCCCUGAAGGCCUGGACAAGGAGAUGAUUUGGAACAUCCAAAUGAUUUGUGAAGCCAGAAUUGCCGCCUUGAUGCAAGACCUUGCUUUCUACAAAAGACCCCUCGCACCUGCAGCAAGUGGAGAACGCCCAAACGCUGCGCCUCCGAAAGAUGACAGACCCCAUCUGGCGUUUAACCCGAAUCAUUUUGUGAAUCGAGACCACCCUGACCAAAAUGGGAAAGGAGUUCCUCCUCCUAAACCUCCUGUUGCAGCGAAGGAAAAAAGCGAUGAAAUCUGUCUGCACUAUGUCUGGCAGUUCUGUAAAAAUAAAAAUAAUUGCAGUAUGAUCCAUUAUGAUCUUCCUUAUCGGUGGCAGGUAUUUACCAGCAACGGUUGGAAGGAUCUGCCCAGAAGAGAGGAAGUAGAAAAGGCUUACAGUGACCCAAGUGUUACCAGUUUUCCAGAUCUAGAGCUAGAUUUCAGGACCAUGACUUCUACUGCUGCUCCAAUUCGGCGCUUGUCCACCGCAUCAUCGGUCACCAAAGCCGCUAAGUUUGUCAUGACAACCAAGUGGCUUUGGUACUGGAAGAAUGACCAGGGCCAGUGGAUUGAAUAUGGAAAACAGGAUAGGCACCUCCAGCAGGCCAAUCUAACUUCGGAUGAUCUGGAGAACAUUUUCCUAGCAGAUCCAAGUGGAAGUAUCAGCUUUGAAGUGGGCUCUCAGAAAUAUUUGCUGAACUUUAAAGAUAUGACCCAGAAAAGUUUGAAGUAUACUACCCAGCGAGAGGUCCGAAGGCGUCCCAAAUUUGUCUCCACUGAAGAUGUCAGGACAAAGAAAGGACACACAGCAACGGCUGUUCCAGCGACGACUCCCGUGACAGCACCAACGUAUCCUCCAAACUGGGAUAGGACAGCCCUGCCUGCCAUCGGAUACGCGGCCAUUGAACUCAAGAGAGACUCUCCAGAGUUCAUGAAGAUUGAGAGUCUCUUUAAAAAGACGAUGAAAAACUAUAAGAUUCGCAGAAUAGAAAGAAUUCAGAACCCAUCUCUUUGGCAAGUCUUCCAGUGGCAAAAGGAGCAGAUGAAGAAGAAGAAAGGAGGGCAGAACAUUGACGAGAGGCUCCUUUUCCAUGGGACAAGUACUUCGAGCAUGAAAGCCAUCUGCAUGGACAACUUUGAUUGGAGAAUCUGUGGCACAAAUGGGACUGUCUUUGGGAAAGGAAGCUACUUUGCCAAAGACGCCCGUUACUCAGACAGCUACUGCCAGUCGAACGACAAUGAGAAGAUGAUGUUCGUGGCUCAAGUCCUAGUUGGUGAAUUUACUGCAGGGUCUGCGUCGUACAAUCGCCCACCAGCAAAAUCGAUUGACAAGGUCAACUCUUAUGACAGCUGUGUGGAUAACAUAUUAAGCCCGUCUAUCUUCGUCAUUUUUGAGAAGCAUCAGGUUUAUCCUGCGUAUAUUGUCACUUACAGUGAAGACAAGGCAUGUAUUUUAUCUUAAAAAAAAAAGCUGAAACAUCUUUUAAUUGCCCUAGUGUGCUUUGCUUUAGUUUAAAUGCAUAUGCUUAGUUUAAAUGCAUAUGCCCUUCUGUUCAGAUCGAUCCAAUUUUACGGAAAGAGUAUAUAGCUUCAGAUGAGUAAGAGAUGUUGAAUCAUUAUUGUUGAUGGAUAGAAACCUUACUCUAUUUUUUAUCUAGCCACAAAGAUGUUGUAAGAAAGAAAACCGAUCACCCAGUAACCUAUUCUAAUAGACAAAAAUUGUCAAAGUUAGAGUUUUUAAUCUGUUUUUACUAAUCUCGUUUCUUAGUUAGCAAGUUUUUGUUCCCUUCAGCCAUUAGCUUUUAAUAAAUCAGCGUUUAUUAUGGAUGGGUGUUUAAUCCAUCAAUAAGGUUGGACAAACUCUGCAUAUUAUUUUGUCCUCCUAGACGGAUGCAAAUUGUUGUUGCACUGGGGACUUGCGAGUGAUUAUCAAAAGAAACCCCGGUUUGCUCUGAGUACGGUGCAAGUUCGCAUCAGGUAUAAGAUCUGACUGUCUUCUAUCGGGUACCCCACGUUUGGAAAUGAACCUGUGGAUUUAAUCCGUGAUUAAAGUUGUUCGUUUUCUGUUUCAACUAACACCGGCGUGUUUCCGGCUACUCUUCGCGGCCAACCUGUUUUCUCUUAACGGCUUGAAGGGACGCUGUCUGGCAUCCACCUUCAGCCAUUUUACACUGUGUGUUCAGCGCAGCAAGCACGCUGUCUUCACGGGUUCAUUUUUCAGUUUCAACAAGCCUAGAAUUACGGUUCCUUGUUUUGUAUAUUAAUUUGCAUAUUAAUUAUACCAAAUGGAAGUUGGGAAAAUGUGCGAUCCCUGCUUUUGCAGCUUGGGUUGGAAAGCAUCGUUCUGGUAAUAAUAACCAUGGGACCGCUUAACCCUGGCAAUGAAAGUCAUCUCUAGAUCGUGAGAAACAUCUAGUUGUGCUUUAUGAAGGAAAUCUCUGUUACUGAAAUCUCUGUUACUUUAUAGUGGUUUCUAUGCUCUGUUGCUUUUUCCUCCCUGUUAAAGCGGUUUAUGAUUAAAGACAUUAAAGAUUUAAGCAGGUGGUCCUUUU